AUGGAGGUUGAUAUCCUUGAUCUAAAAGAGGAAAACCGAACUUUGAAAGCUCAACUGGAGUCGUCCAUUGGUCGCCUGCAAGAAAGAAAUUCUGAAAUCAAGGGCUACAAAAUUCAAAUAGAACGCUGGAAGGCAAAGCUGAACAAGUUCAAACGCUUCGUCAGUGAAUUUGGCAAGGACUAUCAUAUCCUCCGCCAGGAAGCUUCCCAAUUGAAAGAAGCGAAAGUGUCGCUGGAUAACGAAAAGCAAGACAUAUUAAACACUAUCGAAGACGUGAGAAAAGAAAUACCCAAAGUUUCCCAAUCCAUUGCCGACCAUAAAGGACACCUGACGGAAUCAAAACGUAUUGUCAAUUUACUAACGCAGGCCUUGGUGAACUCGGGAGAAAAAGCAGUACAAACUAAAAAGCAGCUUUGCGAUGAGAAAAGACGAGUGGCUGUCUUGGAAUCUUAUAUUCAACAUUGCUCCCGCAGUCAAGCGAAGCAGCUUGGUUUAAUUCAGGAGGAUCAACGAAACUUCCAAAGCAAGCUAGACCAUGCUUUCGAAUCGAUUGGUAAAAGUGUAGAGUCUUCUCAGACCACCAUUCAAUCAAUGCUAGGCCCAGUCUUGCAUGAGCUACUACCGUUGGCAAAGGAUCUAAAUGAGAAGUGCUCAACGGGAAAACUGGACACCCAACAAGUUACAAAUAGUAUUUCUUUGUUGUUAACACGCAUUGACUCAUUUACCCUGCAGAUGACACAAGAUGUUGCUAAAAGUACCAAAAUAAGUGUCGAUGCGUCCAUUAAUCUAAAGGAAGAAGUCAAAGCUAUUAAGGAGAGUAUAAACCUUGAUUCAGCUUUGUUUAAACAACUUGUCACCACGCAGAAUACUUGCGACGGUUUCCACCAAAAGCUGGACGCGAUUCGGACAAAAUUUGGAGAACUUGAGGUCCUAAUAAAUAAGGCAGAAGCCAGGGAGGAUGGUCUUGUCGGACAGAUUGACGAAUUUUCCAAACAGCUAUCCGAAGUUCAACUUCGUACGCAGGAUUCAUCAUUGGCACCUGAAACACUUAACCAGUCUAUAGAGGAUUCAGCAAUUCAGCAUCGUCUCGAAGAGGUAUCCGGUGAAUUGAGAUUGGUGGAACAGAGACUGAAAGCCAAGGAUGUCGAAAAUGAAAGUAUCAGACAAGCCUUACUUGAAGUCAAGACACGAGCUCAGGAUGCAGAGAUCAAGAUAGCCGAAGCAGCAACUGAAAAGUCUGAGCUGCAGGGAAAAUUGCAGUCCAUUGAAUCCAAAGUCAGAGAGGAACUGAAUAGAGCAAGCGUCAUAGCGCGAGAUCAGAUAAAAGCCAAAUUCGAACAGCAAAUCCAUAAGAUUAUGAGGGAGAAGACUGAUAUCGAAAAUGAGAUGGAGAAGGUGAAGGAGCAGCUGGAAAAGGCCAAAAAGUCGCUUGUAAUGUCCACCUUCUCUGAAAACUGGUCUUCCUUCCUCCCCCUACUAAUACUACACAGUCUGAAAGUGAGCUUGGGAUCAAGCACAAGCAUUCUUGAGAAAGACAACAAAAUCCAAUGCCUCAAGGAUACUCAGACAGAAUUAUAUGCGCGGUUAGCGGCUCAGGAGACGGACAUUAUACGAUGUAAAACGUUGGAGGAUUCUAUUUCAAAACAAAAGAUCUUGUUUCAAGAUAAACUUGAUCAAGCCAAUGAAAGAAUUGAGAAACUCAGCACUAAGAUAUUAAAAGAUGAAAGGAAACUCACUGACCCAUCUGAAGAGCCACAGAGAACCGUUGAAUCACUUCGUGAGCAGCUUAGGAAGAAAGAAGAAGAAUGUUCGCUGCUACAGAAGGAACUAUCUGCGGCUAAUUCCGCAAAAUCCAGUCUCGAAACUGGUAAAGUCAAAGCCAAAGUUGAGAUACAUGGGCUGCUGAGAAGGGUGCAAGAGUCAGAACGUUGGAUGAAAUGCAUAAAGCGUACACUAGAGAGAGUUGGCAUUCCUUCGUCGAAAGAAUCAUUUUCAGAAACAUGGGAGAAACUGGAAGCACUGCUACGUACGGUGGCUACUAGCAACUCUACCGAUCCGGUACUGCAGAAAUCGAUGAGUCCCUCUCACAUUUUUCAGAGAACUGAAUUUAUAUAUCGGACUCAGAGCAUCACAUCGGGAGCCUACUCAUCGCCAGGCCGCCAAUCGCCUGCACAAGCUGUGGCUGUUGAGAAAACGAGCAAACCGGCACCGAAAACGCAGGGCACGAAGGACAUUGUACCAUUUCGCGAUAUGUACAAGCGACUGCCGUCAAAAAAGACCUGUUCUCAAAAUGAAGAUUUAGAGACGCUCACGGAGAUUUUGUGGUCGACUUCUGCAAAUCGUGAACCUUGUACACUGACUGAUGGCAUGCAAUGUCCAGAUCCAGAUUCUACUGGAACCGAACCACUAACUGAAGGAGCGGCCGGUUCCAAAGACGAACUGACUAAAACCAGACAGAAGAUGGUCACCUUCCAGGCACCAAAUGCAAACACUGGUGUAGACCAUGGUGGAACUCCAAAACGCUCUGACGGUAGAAAGUUUAGAACUCACACGCCUCUUGAAACUCGGGGUGCGAGGGCAAGGCAUCAAAUCAAACGCACAUAUAGCAGGCAUGAAUAUCGGUCUGCUCUCGACGAGGGAGAUCACAGAGUUAUUGCAGAGAGUCCAUGUAAUCGCAAUACUAAGAGGGCGAGAGUAUCAGCAGCAUCUUGCUCGAAGUCACGAGAGACUCCCAGUGCUUCUGAAUAUUUUGACCAAAGGACAAGUCCCGCAAGUUCUGAUUCGACAAACAGACUCCCUACGACCGGGAACUAUUCUAGUCAAAAGAGGAUAGUGAGAGGCCAACGGCGUGGACGCAAGUCUCGAGGCGAACGGUACAAUGGUCGCUUCACUCAAGAAACCCACUAA